AACGGUUUCACCAAAUCGGUACCAAAAGGAUAUAUGAACUUUCUUACAAAAACUCUUGGUUCCUUGACCGGUACUUCGAUUCCAUAUACUUUUGGAUCAAUUGUCCAACCCUCACAUCUGGAUAGUCCCUCUUCUACAUCAUUAUGGAAAAUACAUGACGCCACUUCAGACAAAGAUUCCAGGCCAGUUACCAUCUUUGAAUUUGAUUUAAAACAUCCCGGUAACUCAAGGUACGUUCCCUUGGUUCAAAAUGCAGUUAAGAAGCAUCGUGCACUCGCCCUUUUGCCUGGUGUUUUAUCCAUUGUUGAAAUCAUCGAGUCUGAAAAAACUAUUUAUUUGAUCACAGAACAUACAAUACCAUUAUCACAUAUCAUCUCAGAGUAUUCGGGCGAAUUGAAAUUGCUUGGCGUGUUCCAACUUACUCUUGCCUUGAAAUUUAUAAACAUAGAAGGUUCCUGCGUUCACGGGAAUCCAAGACUGGAGAAUGUUUUUGUUACUGAUUCAAGAGAAUGGAAAUUAGGAGGUUUCGAGUUCACAAUCAACUACAAAGAUGAUUCUAACGACUAUCUCACAUUGUAUUCCAUGUAUACAUCACUUACUUCUUCAAAAGGAUUGAUUGUUCCACCCGAGUUUGAGAGUUCCGGAUCUGAUUUUUUCAAAGGUUUGGGCAAAGGAAUCAAGGGAACCAAAUUUGACUCUUAUUUGUUUGGGCUUACUGCCUAUCAAAUAAUGACUAAUAAGCCUCCCAGUGUUGCAGAAAUUAUGAGAUCGGGGAGUAUCAAGGGGUUGACUCUCAAUAAACUGGUUGCUCCAAGUAUCGGAUUGAGGAUAACAAUUGAGCAAUUCAUGAGUAAUGGAGAGAUGUCAUACUUCGCUACCAAGGAAAUUCAUGCAUAUUCAAAAUUCAGUCAGAUAAGCCUACUCAGUCUUGAUCAGAAACUUGAAGUCUACAAAGCCCUAGUAUCUGGUAAUACCCCUACUGAGUUUCUUGAAAUCAAGGUCAUGCCAGAAAUUGCCAACACUUUUGAUACCAUCACUUCCAACGAGAACAACGUUCAAACGACUCUUAUUUACCUCAUCUACCUUAUUCAUAGCGAAUGUGAAGGUGAAUCAAAGUAUUUCGAGAUGUUUUUCAAACCUUUAUAUUUCAAAAGUUUCCUUUUGGCUGAUCGUGCUGUACGAACUAUCAUUUUAAAAAUUUUACCAAAGGUUAUAGACAAGAUCUCUAAACAUGAAGUCCAAGACAGAAUUUAUCCGAAUUUGGUCUCAGGUUUUGCAGAUACUGAUAUCACUGUUCGUACAGAGACAUUAUUGUCCAUUUCAUACAUAAUGGACAAGAUUACCGAUAGACAAUUGAAUAAUGAUUUAUUACGUUACUUGGCUAAACUUCAGGCCGACCAAAACCCUCAAUUGAGAGCAAAUACAGUCAUCUGCCUCACGCGUAUUUCGGCUAAAAUGCAGUCUACAACACGUAUUGGAGUUUUAGUUACUGCAUUUGGGAAGGCUCUCAGAGAUCCGGAUUAUGUUACACGUCUGUGUGCAGUCAGAGGAUUUGAGUCAAGUAUAGAUUAUUUUACUCCAGAAAUCUGUUGCUCAAAGGUUCUAUCUGCUCUUUCACCGGCAUUGCUUGAUACCUCCUCAAUCAUCAGAAAUGAAGCAGAGAAGGUUUUUGAGCUUUAUAUGAAGAAAAUCAGGGAUGCCUCGACAAAACUACAUAAAAUUGAGGAAGAUACCCAUAUAUUAGAUGAUGUAUCCAAUUUGACCAACCUAUUGAAUAGCUUAUCUUUGGAAAACUUGGGUCAUAAUUUAUUGGAUUCGAUUUCCAACUUGCACACUAGCACACCAUAUCCUGAAUCAAGGAUGGGUGGAAACUCUCUGAAUCUGGCAAACAAGUUAACAUCAAAAGAUAAUUUGAUUGAUGAAGAUUUUGAUUUGGAUGACGAUGUCGACGACUGGGGAUUUGAUGAUGGUGAAAGUGAGAGCAAAAGUGGUACAGAAAAUGGAUUAAGUUCAACCUGGAAGCCUAGCGAGACUAGUAAGCCAUCCAAUAGUAGCGAGAAGAAGUUCACAUUCCCAAGCGCCAAAGUUAAUGAAUUUAAAAAGACAUCAUUAGUUUUGGGUAAGAAGAAGACUGCCGCAAAAUUAAACCUAACCGUCGAGCCUGUGGAUGAUGAUGAUGGCUGGGGUGAUGGCUGGUGAUGCGUAGCUUUUGUAUAUUAUGCAC